AAUAAACGAUCGCAUCUGAUUAUGGUAUAUUUUAAUAAGUUAUCGUCUUGAGUGUCAGUAAAUAUGCUGGUCGCCCAAGAAGUUCCUUGUUUUAUUUAUAAUUACAUGGCGUCAAUUACAGAAGCAAUCAACGUGUUAACAGAUUAAUUAUCUGAUAUCGAAAGGUGAAAGCUUAAAUUUGAAAAUUAAUUAUUCUUAAUAAUAGGAUGUUAAUUAUAAUUAGAGCCUGAACGUGUCCGUUUUCACUUGGUCAUUUGUAUCGUUACAACUUGAAAUUCCAGUGUCCCUUUUUAUACAAUGUUUUAUUUAUCCAUGCAUAAAUUUGAUCGUUCAGGCGAAUAAAACAAGUUACACCGAGAGCAAAACAAAUUUUCAUUUCACGACACUGGUUCUCGGUUCGUUGACACCAAAUGCAUUUAUGCGAAACAUUAUAUAUGCGCGUUUUAAUUUUAUACCACUCACAGUUUCGCAAAGCUCCGCGCUGAUCGUUCAGAGAUUUCGAAUAUUCAGAGGUCGGAGAAUAGUGUAGAAUAUCGUGAAGUAUUGUUACUGGGAUUUGUUCGUAUUUAUUUUUGUUUGGUGAUAACGUGUUGAAAAUUGAAACGUGAAGUUUGGACUGUUCGCUGUUACAGUUUUUGGGAUUAUUUAACAGAGCUUUGUUAAAACAUCGAACAGACGCGUGGAGAACACUGCAAAUAACUCUGAAAUUCUAAAUCUACCCGUAUACCCAUAGGUUUUUGGGAAUUUUAUCUUUUAAAAAUCUCCAUUUUCAAUCCUUCGAAGGCACAACUAAAAACAUUAAUCUAAAAUUCUUUUGGGUAAUACACGUUUUGCUUUUACCUGAUUUUUAAUUCAGAAAUGAAGCAAUUACUCACGGCGAACUUUCUGUAGAAGCAAUUUCGUUAACGCUUUCCAAAGUUAGCGAAACUGUUGCAAACAUGUUUGUUUGCUGCAAGCGUUUACAUUAGAAAAGUAGGAUAAACCAGAAACGCAAAUGCGAACGCGCCGGCCGAUUGUCAACAGAUAAUUAACAAACUUUUAAUCAUUCCAGCAUCUUAUCGAUGUUAUCCUUCAGUCCAAGAUGUAGUAUGAUUCAACAGUAUUUUGAUACAAAGGACAAAAAUUUAAUUACUUGAUACAAUCACACAUUUGCUAAUCGAUACAGGAUCGCGUAUCAACACUACCACUUUCUUUCUUCAGUUUUUAAUUAUUCAAUGGCCAUCGUGAUAGCGAACGCGUUAAUUCAACCGCGAAUAAAAACGUGUCACCCUAGGCUCGCACCGUACCACAAAGGUAAUCCUCGUCGCGUCGAAAGAUGAAAAAAAUAUCAUCGACUUUCAUCCCCCUCGCAGGUAUCGACUCGAUCAACGAUGCAGGGAUCGCGAGCUCGAGGGCGUCAACUUCCGCGUGGCCCUUUUUUCCUCCCCAAGAUAAAAGAGCUUCGAUCUUGCUUCCGGCCGUUACACUGCUAAGGGUGAUAGAGCACAGGGGUGCAGGGUCGUUGACCUUGUUUUGCCACGUCCAUCGCGUCAACCCCCCUUUUAUAAAGAUAUUCUGUGUCGUGGGGGUUGCAUACGAGUCGUCCAUUUCUCAGACCAUCCAUUGAAAACCCGCCUCUUUUUUUUUGGCGAGCGAAGAACAGAUGGGGUUGAAACAGAUUUCACUCUACAUUUUCGAGCAAUUUUUUUCUUUAGAUUCUUAGCUUUCUCGGUUUAAGAGUCGAUUUACGAGUAUGCGGUUCGCGAGAAGGCGAGACGCGUCGGCGACGACCAUCCUCAACGAAAUUUGGAAUUCCAGGCGCCAGUGAAUCGAGGACACCGUACGUCCGGGGGUGAAUAACCGAAGGAGUGUGGAGUUUUCAUGGAAAAUAAGACACGGAAGAAGAGGGGGACAGAAAUGUCUACUAGAGAUCGCAACCCCCCUAGUUUACGAUUGACGCCUGGACGAUAAUACGACACCGGUUCCCGUGGGCGUCAGCGAAAAAUUUGUGAUUACUCGGACUGAAAUCGAGGCGAACAGUCGAUUCGGUUAAACGAGGGUAGUUUUCUUCGAAGACACGUUGCUUAGGGAUUGCCGGAAGCUAUGGUCAUCUCUCUUUUGUCGUAAAAGUAGGAUAUUCAAGUCAAGUGGUUUAAUUUUAUAUAUUACACUGUGAUUUGAAACUUCUAAGCUGACGAAAUAAGAACUUGGAAAUAUUUUCCUCUUCCUUUAACUCACAGCUAACAAGGUCUGUCCGGAGUGUCGGCGAUUUAGUCUGUGUUUUAUUAAUUAUCGAUCAGUAUAGGUAUUUUAUAUUAUAAAUUAAGAGAAUAUGAAAUAUAUGGGUAAUUAGAUUGUGGUAGAACGUCUCCUCGUUAAAUUAUGGGAAUGUCGUUUGGCUUGUCGAACAACUGACAAGCAGAGAUUUCGCCGAAACGUGACGUUCCCUCGAUGCGCGACAAUGGGUCGGUUUCGGGAUCUGCACACGGGAACAGGAUCAUAAUUCAAGGAUCUCAAAUGUCCUGACUGGCUUGCUGAGCAAUGGGCAAAAUUGGAAAAGAAUUUUAUCGACAAGAUCUGUUUAAACGAAUCUAUUUCAAGUUUGAUAUAUAACCUAGAUCUAGUAAUAAUCAAUGAAUUUGCUUCUGAUUGUUAUGGAAAUAUAAGAAGUUUCACUUUGACAAUUAUAAUUUCACCCUGGCGAUAGAAGAAAGAAUUUAUUAGAUCAACUUCAAACACGAGUGGUCUAAUAAAACCCUCUCAAAACAUAAGAUGUUUAACCUCGACGCAUCCUCUUUUAACCCGUUCUGUUCUUAACAAAGCAACAAGCGCGAAAGGAAAUUAAACGAAGCAAAGAAAAAAAAGAAUAAAUGAGAGCAAGUACACGAAGAAGCCCGGGCGAAUUUAAUCGAAUCUUCGAGCGAGUUUAAUUCACUUUUCGACAAUAAAUUCUCGUCCGGCGCAAUUUAAGCGAGAAGCUGCAAUUCGACCAGCUAAUUACUCCCGUCGACUACCAAUUCUCGUGACGAAAAUUGCCGGGCCUCGAUGAAUUUUUUUCUCCUCUGACCGAUAGGAAUUUACCAGCGAUGUCUGAACGUUAAUUCGCUUUUAUCUGCUUUCGCGCGUUCUGCCAUCUUCCCGCGCUCGCCGCCUCGGCUAAUUAACCCUUUACAAGAUCGCCACACGAGACUCCCGACGAUUACGUUCAACAAAUUCUUAUCCCCCUUCCCCAAAACUAGAACUGGUACCAGUUACCCAUGGCAUUCAACAAAUUAAAAAUUAAAACUAAGUGUAAUAGUAAUAGUAUUAAAAAUUAUAUCUUCCUUAUUUUCUUUCUUUGAUUAUACAAUUAUAUUUUUAAUUGCAAUACCAGUGAGCCCCACUCUCUUAAAUGAAGCUAUUCUGUUAGAAUUUUUACACCUGUUUGAAAAUUUAAUUUGCUCGAUCGAGUUUUGAACAACGGUAUCUUUCACGUAAUUAUGCAACUCAUAACAUUAUCGUUUGCGUUACAACGUGUUUACACAAUCUCGUAUAAAUAACAAAUGUUUCCUGCUACGCAAAUGGGGAAUGCAAAUAUUGAUUGUUGCUCUGGUAAUUUGCUUCCUUUUUUAAUGAUUCAGUAUAUCCGGUUUGUUUUGUUAGCAGAGCUUCCGCUUGCUUUUUUCGUGUACAAAAGAGAAUCGAUACUUCGAUUAAUCAAACGUUCAUUAAACAUUCUCGGUUUGUAUCAUCUGUGUUUUCAUAUUUCAUCCGAGAGGUAAAAUUCUACUUUAUAACCGGAGAUCACUGUUUAUUUAUAAAGAGAAAAUAAUUUAAUUGUUAAUUAAUAAACUGACACAAUUACCUGUCCGACAAAUUUUUAGAAAAUUAUUUUCUUUAAAUUACGUGAAAAUUAUUUCUAUUUAAAUGAAGUAAUUGUCGAUCGUUGAUUAAUUUUCUGACGAAUUUUGCACGCGUUUCAAAAUUGACUUCCUAUGCCAAAAAUAGUCACAGAAAAUAAGGCAUAAAGUAGUCUUGUGCCACUUGCCUUUCGCAUCGUUGCACACAUUCUCUCGUUCUUUUUUUCCACUUGCAAUGCGGUAUAUUUCUCGCUCGAAAGCCAUUUCACUUUUUAUUCAUGGAUAGAAAAAUUUUAGAAUCAUUCAUACUUGCCUCCAAUAAAGGAAAGACGAAAUCUAUUAAUAUUUAACAUACCUAAUUCAUUUAUAAAAAUUUCAAAAUAUUCAAUCAUCUGUAAAAUUUUCUUUCCGAGAGAUUUCACUUAAAAUAUUACGAACUUCGUUUGCCUAAUGUAAUAAAAAAUGCUGCCGACCAUGUUUGCUUUUACAGCUAAAAAAUAUCGACAAACAGGGAUUGCAACGAAACUCGCAGUUUCGUAGACUUUUUGUAUAAAUCGUAUUUGACGUGUCGUACAAACGUUACGCUAAAUAUUUAGCAACAAAUUCUUGUCAAACAGUAUCCCUAUAAAUUUGAAAUAUUUUAUCUACCUAUCGCUUUUAAUACUUUCAUGUUAACGAAUAAUCCACUGCAACAUGCAUAUUUCAUACAUACAUGUUAAAAUUAUUGCAAUUCGAUAAGAAGCAUAUUUUCAACCCAUAUUUUCAAAACGAGAUCAAAGGAUUCACGGUGAAAGAGGAGAUUCAACGAAAGACUGAAUAUGUACAAAGGAAAGAUGAAAUAACCUUUUAUAAUAAUUGAACGUUUACUGGUGUAUAGAUAGUUUCCAUCCGGACACCCUUAAUGUUUCACGCUUAUUUGCUCUUCUUUUUCCGUAUCGCGAUUUUGCGGGAUUUCUUGGAGCGUACGAACCGUAUGAAGCGAGGAAACGAGCGAACAUUCUGCAUUUCCGUUCCACUGGACGACUGUUCGACAGAAAUUUAGCGACGAAUAUUUCCUGGAAUAUUUUUCUAUUUGCGAAACAUCUCGUUCACGACGUUAAUAUCGCGACUAUCUUUCGCGAAUAAAAUUUCGUCGAAAAAUACAAAAUAGAACACCAAGAUGUUAUCAUUUUAUCAAGAAAUAUUAAUUGUAAAAUAGACAAUAUUUCUAUUUUUGUAUUUUACGAUUUCAUUCAUGGAUGCUACAUAAGAAUUAAUAAAAAAAAUUGGUGCUUAAUCUCACAGUCGCUAACAAGUAGAGUUCCAAUUGCGACCCCAAUUCCUAGCAAACCUCCCCCGUUAACAACCUUCAAACCUCGCAAAUUACCACCCCAUCCGUCGAAUCAAGUGCUUCGAUUACUCUCAUUGACGUCCAAACAGCGAACAGGACCAGCCACUUUUGGCCCUAUGUUUCGCUUUCCCAAACAAUGUCCCCAAGGGGUGAUCUUCGUCCCCCAGUGUAUUAUGAAUUUUAAUCGCGUCGAAGGGAACGUUCCUUAUAAAGAAUUCACACUUGAAAAUAUAUUUCACUAAAAAUUUGUAAUCUUCCAGCGUGUUAAUAUAAAGGGUACCCUUGUUAGAAGGACAAGGAUAAAAAGAAGAAAGAAAAGAUGGAAAAAAAAAGGACAAACAAGGGUUGUGCGUUAAUACGCGUCGUUCUGCGAGCAACAUAUUUUCCAAGCCGAUACGUUUUCCCUCACCCUUUUUGAAACGCGCAGGCCACCCUAUGCGCCAUCCCUUCUCUCUUUCUCGUACUCUCUCUUGUUACCACCGGUUUCCCUCUCUUCCACGGCUUCCUACCUCCUCGUUGCCUCUGGAAAUAGUCGCCACAAAGCGAUUCCCGGUGCUUCGUGUCCGAGCCGAUUAUCAAGCCCGCUUCUUUCGUCUGUUCGUCCGCGCCGCGUUAUCGCGACACGUGCUUCGAGUACGCGCACGGUCAACUCCCGUCGACCGAUAGUUUUUCCACGCUUUUCCGACUAGUGUUUCGGUGUUUCUGUGAACGAAACGUGGUCGUUCGCGACCCAUUUGCACAUUCAAAUGGAGCUCAUUUUAAUUAAACAGAGUUAACGAGUUUUCGAAUAUAAAAGGAUGCGAGGGUUGUAAAAUUCAGUUGUGAAUUUCGCUGCUGUUAACAAAGAGGGUGGACAAGUGAAAAUUAAAUUGUGAGAUAAAAAUGGGAUUGCCAUAAUGAAUUUCUGCAUUUUCUUUGAUCAAGCGAAAUGGUGUGAUCCCUAAACCGCAUCACUGCGAAGCCUGUUGAAAAUCGAGGCACUCGUGUCUGAAACGCACCGAUCCUCGAGUGCUCGCAGUUUCGAGCUCGCCGAGCGUACUUUCACUCGGUGCCCGUUGAUCGGUCGAAGAAGCGGGCGAAGCGGAAGGCAGAAGAGGCGCAAAGUGAAACGCUGACACUCCCCGUCCCUCUGUUCCUCUUACCACGAGUUGAUUGACCUCGAGCAAAGGCAGCAGGAGGUGGCCAGGUCGAUCGCGUCAGGAGAAACAGAAGGAGCGGGACAACGUCGAGGACGACGAGCGCGACGAGGAGUGGCCGAGAAGAAGAAGAGCAAAUUGGUGCUCCCGGUAGCAGGGGCCCAUGAAUAGCGUGGAGGAGAAGUUGCGUAGCGUGACGAAGCGCGGGAGCAAACGCGGCCCGCGUGGAACCGGGCCAGCUGCAUCUGAUUGGUCGACAGGGGCCCGUUCCUCUAGUGGGGCUAGGGUACCUGCCCCGACUGCCCCUUCUACGGCUCAAGCGAGCAGCUCCGCUUUCAACAGGCCCCAGGAGUCGAUGGGACCUACCAGGCGGCAGUCCUCGCGGGACAGCAUCGACUCGACGGGCCAACAGGCCCCACCCGAACACGGCGAGCUCCUUUUCAAGGUGAUGCUACUUGGCGACAGUGGCGUCGGAAAAACCUGUCUUCUAACGCGAUUCAGAGACGGUCGCUUCCUGUCCGGCAACUACAUAACCACCGUUGGCAUUGAUUUUAGGAAUAAAGUGGUCGUAGUCGACGAUACGUCUAUCAAGCUUCAAAUAUGGGACACGGCCGGCCAAGAGAGAUUUCGUAGUGUAACACACGCUUAUUACAGAGAUGCUCAUGCUCUUCUAUUGCUUUACGACGUGACGAACAAGACGAGCUACGACAACAUCAGGGCUUGGCUUAGCGAAAUACGAGAACACGCGAACGAAGACGUGGUCAUCAUGCUGUUGGGUAAUAAAUCCGACUGCGGAACGGAACGAGUCGUGAAGAGGGAAGACGGUGAGCGGUUGGCGCAAGAGUACAAAGUCCCCUUUAUGGAAACUUCUGCUAAAACCGGCCUGAACGUUGAAUUGGCCUUCUUGGCUGUCGCCAGAGAGCUGAAGGCUAGGAAGAGUAGCGAUCCCGACGAUACGAAAUUCAACGUCCAGGACUACGUUCGUCAACAAUCUCAACGAAAUUCUUGCUUCAACUCCAAUUGCCUGACGACCUGAAUUGCGAAAUAAUUCCAUGCGCAUGCUUCUCUACGAUAGAUAGGGAGAAUGGUGGAACACGAACCGGAACUCGUUGGCCGUGAAAAAAGGCGCCAAAUCAUAGGCGUUCGAAAGUUCGUAUUUGUCCCGGAAACAUUGACCAAAAGUUCAAUUUUUCCAACAAGCACAAUUGUUUUACAAAAAUUUCUAUCUAAACGACAAGUUAUUUAGACAAUAGAAGCAGAAUUGAUUUGAAAUUUUCAUUAGAAAAGUUUGUUCCACCGGAAACGUACAAUUACCCUUUUUCGAAGCACAAAUAAACCCGCGGGAAGGGGAUCAAUAUUUUUGAAAGGAACCGAUAUGAAACUGUUGUUAAUGAUACGUGUAUAGAAAUAUAGAAAUAUUUAUCGAUGGUUAAUUCUGUACUGUACAUUAAUGUGAAUAGCAUGAUGCAGGGGAGGCUACCCUCAAUAUGAUAUAGAGUUUAGGAAAUAUCUCAAUGGUUCUAACUUGUGCAUUGUACACCUUGUUACACUGUUAGAAAAAAAGAAAAUAUAUCACGCGAAAGCUCAUCGUGUACCAAGUAGAUCGAUGGUUUUAGAACAAAUCAUCGCGUAGAAGAGCUUUCCAACAAUAUUCCAUAGCUGCCAUAUACAUAUACGUAUACACAGACACGUUGCAGAGUACACUCAAUAAUUUUUGGUUAAAAAUUGUUUUCUCGUAGUUUUUGAAUCACAGCUAACAAUAAGUGUACUCAGAAUCGUAUAAAUUAUAAUCGUAAUAAUCGUUACUUCAUUUCGUUUCAAACAAAAUUCGUAUGAACGUAAUCGUGUAAUGGCUGCCAUGGUCACGUGACCAUACCUCGUUUUCUAUGCAGCGGUCCCACGCAAUGCAAUACUUUCGAAUGAUUUGAUUCGCAUUUCAAAGUCCCCAAUUUUGCAUAUUGUAUUACUUUUAUAAAGUUACGAUGACAACUUGCUGCGAAUUUUCAAAAUUGAGGAACAUUGAUCGUUUAAUUUCGUAACAAUUUCAAAAUUGCAACCGGCAACGAUUUGUGACAACAAUAAAGAAGCCGGAACGGAAUGUAACCGUACAGGUUAUCAGUUGUAUAUGUACAAUUUAUCUUAUUUAAACAUGUACAAACGAUAAAACAAUUAUAUGUCAAGUGUAUAGCAAAAGAUAUACAUAGAAAAUAAACAAUCACACGACCAAGCAUAA